UGUGUCUCUUUAUUUUGAUGGUAUUGAAAAGGUUUCAGGUUCUUCUUUUUCUUUUUCUUCUUCUUCCUCCUCUCAUAAGCUCUAUAUUUGAAUGGGUCUUCCAUUGAUUUUCAUCUCCAAAACUUCCCACUCUCAGAAUCCAAGAACUUUCCAUUAACAAACCCAUCAUUCAAAAUGACGAGUUCUACUACAGAGGAUGUCAUCUCCGCCCCACAUUUCAAGGAUCUUGCCAUUAAACUCUUCGGCCGGACCAUCCCUUUGCCGGAAUCCCAGAUUUCGGCCGUCCCUCUUCAAAAUCCGGAUGCUUGCAACAAUUUGAAAAAAGCUGAGCAGUCUGUCUCGAGUGCAGAAGACUCUUGCCCGUCGGAUAGGUCUUCGGUCUUGGUAGGGGAUAAUGAAGAACACCAAGCUUCAAACAUGGCAUCGAACAAGGAAGAAUUGGAACUGCAUUUGAAAGAGGAGCAGGCGGAAGGUAAUGGCACGGAUCAAGAAAGAGUUUUCAAGAAGCCAGACAAAAUCAUUCCUUGUCCUAGAUGUAAUAGUUUGGAAACAAAGUUCUGUUACUUCAACAACUACAAUGUCAAUCAACCUAGACAUUUCUGCAAGAACUGCCAAAGAUAUUGGACUGCUGGUGGGACGAUGAGAAACGUUCCUAUUGGUGCAGGACGGCGAAGGAACAAGCAGUUGGCAUCUCAAUACCGACAGAUAAUAGUAUCCUCUGAGGGAGUUGCGACAACUCGGUUGGAAACUUCAGAUACAACGAAUCACCAUCAACUACUCUCAGGCGUCGAGUCUCCUCCAUCUUUGAGGCCUUCCACUGGAAAUAGUACUGUCCUAAAGUUCGGACCCGAAGCACCACUUUGCGAAUCAAUGGAGACCGUGCUCAGUCUUGGAGACCAGAAAAGAUCCAUUGAGAUUGGCUCUGCAUAUUGUGGAGACAGUCCUGAAGAACCAUCCUCAUGCGGAUCUUCCAUGACAACUACUAGUAUUCGUGGAAACGAAUUGCCUAAAACCAUUGUCGAGAGGCCAGAAGCAGUCAGAUUGUCUAACUCUAGUAGUGAUAUCACUGCAUCGAAUACAGUUCAUUGUUACCCCGUUCCACAAUUGGUUUUUCCUUUGAAUCAAGGCGGCAACGGGCUAAUUUCAUCAGCAAUGGCACAGAGUUCAGAUAGCAUAGCUGUACCAACUACUAUCAAUCACCCCAAUCCACCAGUUCAAUGGCUCCCUGCAACAAUGCUGGCAGUUCCAGGCUUUUGCACUCCAAGCCUUCCAUUACAAUUCGUGCCAGCUUCAUGUUGGGGUUGUACGCCCGUAUGGACCGCUACCGGUGCUGGGAAUAUAACCGUCGUUCCUUCUGAUGUCUGUGCAUCUCAAACAUCCCCAACCACCAUUGGUAGCUGCCCCACAACCUCGUCGCCUACACUCGGAAAGCAUUUGAGAGAUGCAAACAGCUUAACAGAGGACGAGAAGUCAGAGAAAUGCAUUGUCGUUCCAAAGACAUUACGAGUUGAUAACCCGAGCGAGGCUUCGAGAAGUCCUAUAUGGACCACAUUUGGAAUUCAUCCAUAUCCAAAGGAAACCAUUUCCAAAGGUAGUGUUUUUGAAACUUCAGAAACUACUAAUGCAGAUAGCAAAGGCCAUUUUAGGGAUGCUUCUCAUAUCUUGGAAGCAAAAACAGGAAGCUUUUACUCUCUUUUAUAGAUUUUCCAUCAGAGCACAUAAAAUGUAUUUUUUUUUUUUUUUUUUUACUGAUUGUCUUAAAAGCUGUUUAUAAAUCUCUGAAAGCUUUGCAGAAAUUUGGUACAUAUGCUUAUUAUAUGUCUUUUUGUUCCACAAUUUAGUAUCAAUCUUUUCCAUUCUUCCAUGCCUCUGCUG